AACUAUUAGAUACGUGAAAUAACACACGAACCAUCCGCUUAUCUAGAAGUCUUGGGAAUUUCUUAUAAAAGACAAGUGUCUUGGUGGGUGCUUGCUCAUUCUGAGAAGCAUCUCCAAAUCACUUGAUCCACGGAGGCUGCGCAAAUCAAUAGGCUGAGGCCAACGUCUACAGAAAACAUGGGGAAACCGAACCUAUCGUGGCUGACGAUGUUCAGCACCCUGGCAUUUGGAGUUGUCAGCGCCAUGAACGACUAUCAGCCACAGCAAGUGCACCUGUCAAUAGGCGAAAACAAUGUAGACAUCAUGGUCACGUGGGUGACACCGUCACUCUUGAAUAGCUCCGUGGUGGAAUAUGGCACCACUAACCUGGCACUCACUGCCACCGGAAACGCCACGCUCUUCACCGACGGAGGAUCCUUAAAGAGGCAGAUGUGGAUACAUAGGGUCAGGCUGACCAAGCUGACGCCUGACACGCGAUACUUCUAUCACUGCGGGAGCGACCUUGGCUGGUCAGAGGUGUUCACCUUCAAAACCUGGCCGGCAGGAAACGACUGGGUGGUGAGAACGGCCAUGUACGGCGAUCUAGGUGUCGUCAACGGGAAGUCUUUGGCAAGACUUCAGGAAGAUAUAACUAAGGGCAUGUAUGAUGUUAUCAUCCACGUAGGAGACUUUGCGUACAACUUCGAUACGGACGACGCUCAAGUAGGAGACGAAUUCAUGAGGAACAUCCAACCGAUUGCCGGUUACGUUCCGUACAUGACUUGCCCAGGGAACCACGAAGAAGCCUAUAAUUUCAGUAACUACAAGGCCAGAUUCACAAUGCCAAACUACAACGUUUCGGAGAGCAUGUUCUACAGCUGGAACGCCGGACCGGUCCACUUCAUUGCGGUAAACACGGAAGCCUACUACUUCUUCCAGUACGGGAUUGAGCCCCUGUAUUACAUGUGGGAAUGGCUGUUCAACGAUUUAACGGAAGCCAACAAACCAGAGAACAGGAAAGAGCAUCCCUGGAUCAUCCUCUACGGUCACCGUCCUAUGUACUGCUCCACCAGGGAUGAAGACGACUGCACAUCACUUUCUUGCCGCACCAGAGUUGGUAUUGACGAUAAUUUUGCCAUGGAAAAACUACUGAAUGAUUUUGGCGUCGACUUAGUAGUCUGGGCUCAUGAACACACAUAUGAAAGGCUGUUUCCCAUCUACAACGUUCAAGUAUUGAAUGGAUCUGAGGAAGCUCCUUAUACCAACCCAAAGGGCCCAGUCCACUUCAUUUCCGGAUCAGCCGGUUGCCAAGAGGACACGGAUCCCUUCGUCAAAGAUCCACCUGAAUGGUCAGCCUUCAGGUCCUCUGAUUAUGGAUACGCAAGACUGACUGUCUUCAACUUCACUCACUUGUACUGGGAACAGGUGUCUGAUGACAAAGACGGAGCUGUAGUCGAUUAUGCUUGGCUGAUAAAGGAUUCGCACGCUCCCUACAGCGAGCUCUAUCCAGAACUUUAUCCAGAGUACCACGUUCACUAGGGGUGUGGAGACCGAAACUCUGAAGGAAGAAAUCCGUUCCAAUGUUUAUUUUCGAAAAAAUUAUCCGUUUACUGUUCACGUAAUUUUGUUUCGCGUUUUGUUGUAUCAAGUUAUUAGCUAGUGUACUGUGGUGUAUCAGUUGAACGUAUUUUUUUAUGUAUGACUUUAAUUAGUCCUAGAUAUAUAAGUUAAAUUACCAUUUAUUUGUUCGUAACUUGAUGUCCAUAGGAAAGUUGUCUCGAAUACCGUUUUCAAACUUCAUUUUCCCUGGGGAAAAUACUACAGUACAUUACAUGUUGUUUUCUUGCUACUAUAAUAUGUACUUGGAUGCUAUGUUCAAUUGGAGUAUGAGUUUUUUAUUAGUUUCAGCUAGGCUGUCCUGUAAACUAUGAUCCCAUUCAGUUUGAUCACUGGGUGCUCAGUCGAUUUUCAUUAGACUGUACGUUACACAAGUUAACUCGUCAAGCGUGGACUGUCAGUGACAUUUAAACUUCAUUUUGCAUCUGUCCGAAUAUUAUUAAACUAUAAUUAAUAAGAAUGGUAUUGGAUUCGUGUAUUUAUGUUUUAUGAAUAAACUUGUUUCAAUCGCA